UGUAGCAUGAGCUUCUUCUUCCUCUUCGAGCUUCUCUGUCUAAAUCGAAUCCUGUGUCCUCCUGAUUCCACUUGCUAUCGAGAAUUCUUAAGAAUCUCGUAACUAUAACAAUGGAUUCGUAUUUCGUCGGAGUUUUGGACAGUGACGAGCCACACUUUCUAGAAUCUUGCUCUCUUUGCCGUAAAACCCUUUCUCUCAACUCCGACAUUUUCAUGUACAGAGGGGACAUGGCAUUCUGUAGCCAAGAGUGUAGGCAAGAACAGAUAGAGUCUGAUGAAACAAAAUCCAAGAGGUGGAGAAAAACGUCAUCCUCCAGAUCAUCAUCUCUCCGGAAAUCGUCCGAUUCGAAAGAUUCCGCCGCCGGCAAAACCGUACGGACAAAGACUCUUGUCAUGGCUUAGUUAUUUACAUCUUCAUCUGACCUUUGUAAAUUGGAUGUGGAGGUUAAUAAACAAAGAGAGGAAGGUAGAAAACGGAGAAGCCAAAGUAAAAUUACUGGUUGUGA